CGCAGCGCUCCCAUACAAGUACUUUGGGGGCUGGAGAAGCAUGACAUCAUACACAGCUCCGACCCUCUCUGCGAAAACAAAGAGUAAAACAUCUUUAUUUCACUACUGCAAAAGAACAGUCGACGACCGAGGAGUCUGCACUGUGAUACUCAGCGGUGCCAUCCAUAAAAUACACCGGGAAUCUGGCUCUCGCGCUCCGGUGUGUGCAGCGGAGUCUGGGAGGGGCAUCAAGUCCGUACGUCCGGGCAAUGGCGGAUGGGGAAGCCACCGUGUCUGAGGAGUGGGACAGCGGUGAUGGGGGCUUAGCAGAAUAACAUCCCACUUGUGCGUUUAUAUUUUCUCUGUUUAGCUUGGUAUUCAGCUCUCGCCAUGGAUCCAGAGAAAACGUUGACAUUCUGCCUCGGGCUGAAGGCUGAGGAGAUGACCAUGUCCCUGCAGGGGCUGGAUGGGACUGAAACUGCUACGGUGGCUGUUUCUCAGAAGGAGGCUGACAUGCGCACAGUUAAUAAGGUGGUGAAGCAUCACGGGGGUUCUGGUAGCCAGCCUGUUGUCAGUCCCAAGUACUGUCCUGGGGUAAACAACAAUCCAGGUUACCUGUGUGAAACAGGGCACUGCUGCGGAGAGACAGGCUGCUGUACCUACUAUUAUGAACUCUGGUGGUUCUGGCUGCUGUGGACGAUGCUGAUCCUCUUCAGCUGUUUCUGUGCUUACCGCCACCGCCGGGCCAAGCUGAGGAUCCAACAGCAGCAGAGACAGAGGGAGAUCAAUCUGAUCGCCUAUAAUGGAGCCUGCAACUACCCUUCCUCAAUGCUGGACCUCAGUUUUCUGGCUUCCUUCAAGUUGCCCUCCUACGAGGAGGUGGCGGCGCAGCCCUGCACACCUCCUCCGCCUUACAGCUCCGUCUUUGCCCUGCAGGGAGGUGCCAUGGGGGGUCCUAGCUCCUCUUACCCCCAUUAUCAUCACCACCGUCACCCCUGCCCUCCCUGCCCUCCCUGCCCUCCCUAUCUUGGCCCCGGCCCCGGUCCCAGUGGCUUGACUUCCUCCCAGAGCUCUGACAACUACACCAGCUGCUCCUGCGAGUCGUGCUCCCUCACCUCCCCCUCCAGCACCUCCUUCUCUGUCCAGGUGACAGAUGAGACGUAUGACAGCAGCCACAUCUCCUCGCCCUGUGAAGCAGGCUGCGACUGUGCUGGCAUGCCAAGGGCUGGCGCCAACUUCACACCGUCUUCUUCCCCGACACCUCCUUCACAAGUUCCACCUGAUGUUAUACCUGCGGCCACUCCAGAUGUCAUACCCGUACGUAGACGGUCCUCUAACAGCAGUGAAGUGUCGUCUUCAGCUCCACCACUCUCUCUUCCUUUACACUCUCGUCCUUCACACCCUUCUCGUCUCCCACUUUCUCCCCUCAUUCUGUUGUCUUCCCUCCCUCCUGGUCAAGUCCAUCCUCUCGUUUUCUCAGACCCACUUGGAGCUGUGGUCAUUCAGAGAGAGAAAGAAGAAGAGGCCCCGCCUUGCGGUCCGACCCCCCGGCCCACUCUGUCUCCCCCUAAACAUGCUCUCUUCUCCUCAAAUGUGGCUGUUUUCACACAUUGCAACAACAAAGAGGAGCAAAAACGAGAAAAAGAAGAGGAGGAAGAGGAAGAGGACGAGGAGGACCAUUUCCGGCAUCGACGACUAACGGGUGACUCGGGUAUCGAGGUAUGUCGUUGCCACGUGAAGAGAGAAGAACAAGAAGAAGAGGGACUGCAGAAGGGGAAUUUUUGGAAAGGAGGAAAAGAAGCCGUGAAGGAAGAGGAGAGGGCGGACAUGCUGCAUGACAGCAUGGACUGUUCCCUCCGAGCGAAGGCCACGGCUCAGUCGCCACUCCUGGACGACUGCGCAGAACAGCGCGGUCACGUCUCCUCAUCCUCCAGCGUCAUCCAGAAGACGGGCGAGGCCAUCGUCCCUGUGGAGUCCUCGUAAGCUGACAGCUUGUGAGAUGUGGUCAAACAAGUGGAAGUGAGCUGAUAAUGCUUGAUAGCAUCUUCAUAGAUCAAGACUAGUAGGUGAAAAGUAGAAUCACUGAAGAAAAGUCUUGCAGGUCUUACUUUAAUGGUCAGGGACAGGAUGAGUUAUGGAUCCUCUUGUUUGCUCUGUAUUCAAACGAGAAACUCCAAGAGAAGCCGACUCCUGAAAGUCCAAUUUUGUAGUUAGUUUAUUUAUGGUUUGGGAGAAGGUCUAUCUUUUUCCCUAAAGUGAUGAAAAUCCGAAUGACUUGCUCUUUUUCUGUCUCCAUUUUUACCAGUGGCUCGGUGUCAGCAUCCCUGUGUCCCUCUACCCUGUCUCUUUUCAUCUCUCUUUUCUCUGCAUGACGCAGCAUUACUAAAAGAACAUGUUAGCUCCUUGAAACAGAAUCCCUAACAGUCAGUGGUUCCCAGCCUGGGGGUCAGGACCCCUCCCCUAAAGAAGAAAAUGAUACGCUAAUGCUUCUCUAAUCUUUGCCUUUUUUUAUGUGAAAUUAUAGAUAGUUUUACCUCCUCAUGGCAUUUACAAAUGAUUCAAAUGAAUAUCUGAAAUCUGAGACGCAAAGAUCAAUCUUUAGUGGACCUGCUCACGACGUCUCGACAUAUGCAAUGUGUGAUGGGGGGGGGGGCACAAAAAAUAUUUUUUCAUUUCAGAGGGUCACACAACAACACGGUUGGGAACCGCUACCUGAUUAAACAAUAUUAUUCAAAUCAUUCCAGCAGCAACGAACAAGACUGUUCAUCAUCACCUGGCAUCUUUUUUUUCAAUUGAAAACAUGAUAUUCUAGGAGUAUAUGAAGUAGAAUCACCGAACAAUUCAUUUUCAAAAGAGCAGCUCUAACUUAUUGUGUCUCUUGAUCACGUUAUCUUAAUUCACUGGAUUCUAUCCUUGAAGAGGUUCACAACUAUUGAACAUAGUUUGAGAUAUUUGGUGACAUAUUGUGACCUUUUUUUGUCGUAGGGGGAAUGUAUGCCUACUUCCCUCUGUUCUAGAGGAAACAAGAAGGGAACUAUUAUGACAGAAUCCAGAUGUGUGUGUUUUAUACAUUGUGUCUUAUGUUGCUCCCUAAAGGAAAAGGGGUGCAAACAUUAAUUAUAACGUGGGGGUGGCAAAGCUUUACAAUGGUAUUAUAUUGUUGUUUCAGACUGUUACAUGAUUAUACCGUAUAAUGAACUGACUGUUUGACUUUGGAUUUAAUGUGUUUGAACAUGUUCCUGGUUGGUCGUUGCCAUUUUUUUUGCAAGGCAAUGUGAAUCUGAUUCCUCCACGGGCGGACUGUUGAGUUUUUACGAGGCAGAAACUUUAAGCCUAAUCCCGUCACUGAUGAUGAAUGUAAAAGGUUAUGCAUCGCAACAAAAAGAAACCCUUACCAUUGUUUACGGAGAAUUUUUAUAGCAUGCCCCUUGACGGAAAAACCUCUAGAAAAGUGUUGAAAACUGCAGCAAAGGCAAUACAAUCCGCCAGGUGUGGGCUUUGAGAAGACACAAUGAAGUGCCCAUUGUAAUGUCUGACUCAAGUAACGCUUGUGAGAUAUCAAAGGUGGAAAUGUACGAGGUAAAGUCAGAGUAAGGCCUCUUUUACUAUUGCUGUGGCUAAACAUGUGGUCACUUCCGAGAAUUGGACCGCUUUUCUCUACAUGUAUCCCGGUGAAUCCUGUUUUUGUACGUAAAAUCAUUCGUCAGUUGUACAGUGUCUGUCGGUAGAGAAUAGUCUCGGCCUCACUGUGAGGUUGAUACCCUUGAUUGAUGCUCCGUACUUCCUAGGAUUAUGUUAGUCCAUCCUGGUGUUAGCAGUGGGAAUAGCACAAAUGUACUCUCUUGUAAUUUAUUCUUAUUCUCAGUAUAAAGUGUAUAGAACAAGAUUUAGAAAGGGAGACCGUCUCCAAUCACAUUUUCGUACCCGUUUGUCUUGCAGUAGUUCUUAUGAGACGAAUGUCUCUGUGGUUCGUUGACUAGACGCCACUUUGUUUGUGUCCUUGGCUGCGUGCAAAGCCAACUUUAACUGUCUAACACCUGGAGGCAGAAACUUUCAACUCAUUUAUAGUUCUGCGGACAGAAAGCGUUUCCUCUGUUCGGCUCAAUAAUACCUUCAUUUGUCGUGGACUAAUCUUGUUUGUACAUGGAGUCUAAGCAGGUUUUGAUUUGUUAUGAAGAUCAUUUUAACAUCCUCUCCGUUCAAAGCUCUUCUGCAGUGACUCACAGGUGUGUCUCAGAGGUGAAUAAUGCUCCGACGGAGACUGUUCCCCCCCCCUCUGAACUUAUCUACACGAAUGCCUUCUGGUGGCUUCUGUACACAAGUUGUUAUUUUCUCAUUAGUUCUAGCUAAUGUAUGUUUAUCAAAGUAUAUGGUGCCUAGAUGAGAAUAGUCUUUCUGUAAGGCAUUUUAUAGUUUACUGCUGCUAUGCGAGUGUGAGUGAGUAUGUGUUUGUUUGUGUGUGUGUGUGUGAGUUUUCUUUAAAUUGUGUACAGUCGUACAUUAAUUGGCCAAACAUUUUCUAGCAGUGCUUAGCAGUCUCUUUAUAAAAUAUACACCAUGCGCAGUACAUGUGAGACGUGCAAAAAUUGUAUUUAGCAAUAGUAUUCACACCUUUUUCCUUACUCUAGUUAAUGCUGGUUGAUAGGAAAUGAACUGUUGUGAAAAAGACAUUUACCUCUUUAUAACUGAUCCGUGAGCUGUGCUGGGCAGAGGCCCGUGAUUGUAUACGACACUGCAUUUUAGAGGCAUUUGGCUUAAGGUUUCUCCCAAAUGCAAACUCAGAUUAUCUGGUUCUUACCUUUUUAGACCCAGUUUGUGCCUGUCGUGUAUUGUCACAACAUUUGGGUCACAGAGCGAAGCAUCUGUUUCUUAAGAAUAUCUAUUCUGAAGGUUUUUUCUAGAUUCUACAAAUAAUUAUACAAAAUAUUUUUGAGCCAUUUUACAAAUUUGCAACUCUGUUUCCCAUUCCACACACAAAUGGCAGCUUGCUUCAUGUGUACAACGUGAACCAAAAAGUAAAACAACAUUUAGCUGUACAUUUCUUUAUAUAGUUUCUAUUCUUUUUUUAAUUUUCAUACAAAAGUUGCAUUUAUUUUGCCUUGAACCAUAUAUCACAUCUUGUCUAUUCUAUUCUUGCAUGCAAACUAUUAAUAAUUAGAGCCUGGAGAAGAAGGCACGAUUGCUAAUUUAAUUAUUUAUUCAGAUUUGUUGUUAAAUGACCUUGUGGUUUUUUUUCAGGUACAACAGAUGUUUAGCUCUGUGGCUCGAAUGUAAUCGUAACCCACAAGAGGCACAAACGAGGGUUAGUUUUACCCCAGCUCUAAUUUUACAUGGAAGCCAAACUAAUCUGAGUUCAGUGUAUAUAGAACUAGUUUGAUUUAUUUUGCCUUGUCAGCAGCUAGUACACACAGACAAAAUGCCCAAACUCUACCCUCAUUGCCACUGAAGGCCAAGGCCUGAUAUAAGACUGUUACCUCGCUGAGUUUUGACUGCAAAGGACUGUUUACUUCAACUUAUGAAGAUAGUAUUUACUCUAUAUUUGUACUGACUUUAUUUUGUAAUGCUGAGAAUUGAAGAAUUGAAAAAAGAAAACACAGAGCUCACGAUGGUACGCCUGAACUGCUGGUUUGCCAGGAAAAAAAAAAAAGAAAAGUUCAAUCCCUGUUAAUUCAGGAUUUCUCAAGACUGCUCGUCUCCCGGGAAACAAAGUGUUCUCCUUUUACUCCUGUAGCUGUGAGGCAGCAGGAUUUAUUAAAGUGUCUAUAUCUGAUUGUGUGUGAAUAGUUCAGAUAAAUAUUGCUACAAAAUGUGGUGUUCUUUGAGGGUAUCCUUGUGCAAUUCUACCUGCAGCUCUUCAGUGUGUCGUACGCAUGUGUGAGAGAGUUAUCGUCGGCCGUGUUGUUGUGGUGUUUAAAUCAUUGUCGCUUAUUAUGAGGCCAAAGUUGAUUGUUGUUGGUACAUGAUAUUUGUCAAUAUAAAUAUCCAAACAUUUUUAUGUCAUCAUGAAUAUUGAUUUUGUAUCUUGGUGUAUAGAUUUCUGACGCAUACUCUAAUGUAAAAUCCAAACAAUGAGAAGAUCUCAAAUUUUUAUGAUAUUUGUUUGGUUGCACAUAUCCUGGUGCUUUUCUCCCCCCAGAAGGCGCGAUUGUAUUUAGGUUCCUUCCGUUUGAGUUCUUUCAUUAACGCUCAUUGGGAUUCUACCUUGUUUAACACAGACAUCUGCGCUACUUUUAUUCAACAGAAACUGUGGAUUUGUGUCAAAAUAAAUGCUACCAAAUACA